CGAAACAAAAGCGCAUCAGCAAGAAAAACGUGAUGAACGUGAACAGAACCGUCUUGCUGUUGGGGUUUACAGUGUUCUUGGGACGCUGCUGUGCCAUGUUGGACACGUGGAACCAAAAUGUUAGUGCACUUGCAGUGAAUUAUUUUACAGCAAAGCAUGUGAAGUCAGUGACGGUGAUCAGUUGCUGGGAGGCAGAGGAACGGUAUGACUUCUUUUUGGCGGCAACGAAAAAAGGACUGCUGGUGAAGUUUGUGGAUGCAACGAACAUAGAAGCUUUAAUAGCAAUACAUCCUAAUCGAGUAUCUCAAGCAGGCCUACUGAUCGAUGCAUCGUGUGAGAUCGAACCGAUCUCGAAGCUGUGGCAGAUGGAUCAAAUACUGAACAAGCUUUUGUAUGGGAAUUUACACUGGUUGAUAGUAGAGAAAAAACUCCCGGUGAAACGAUCUAUCGACUCCGGACCCUAUUCCUCGGACCAACUGGAACUUCUGUACAAUCAACGAUUACGUGCGCUAGAUGUUAUGCCCUACACGAACGUCGUGCUGGCAUUCCUGAAUGUAUCCGAUAGCUGGGAAUUGUUCGAACUAUACAAAGCCUAUCGUAAAGCCCGUUUAUCGGUGGUGAACAUUGCAUCCAAUUACCUACCAGCGGUCGAUCGGUACGGGUCACAGCUGAUCGUUCGAAGAAAGCUUGUAGAUCGACGACGCAAUCUUCAGGGCUUUGCUAUGCCAUGCGGAACAGCGACAACUUCGCCGGAAUACUUCACCGGCAUGGAUGAUCGUAACGAUGUGCACGAUCUGUUUACCAAGGCAAACUUUCCGUUCAUCCGGGAGCUGAUGUACGAUCUCAACUUUACCCUCAACAUGGUGCAGCUGGACAAGGUGGGCUACAAGCAGAACGGGACGUUCAGUGGGGUGAUGGGCAAGUUCCAGAACCGCUCGAUCGAGCUCGGCUGCUUGGGCACCUUGAUGCGUACCGAGCGGCUCGAGGUGGCCGACUUCAUGAUCGUCACGCUGAUCAUCAAGAGCAGCAUCAUCUUUCGCCAGCCACCGCUCUCGAUAGUGGCGAACAUCUUCGAGCUACCGUUUAGUGUCGGUGUUUGGGCGUGCUGUUUCGCGUUGAUGGCGAUCUAUUGGAUGACGAUGAUCGCCAUCCGUCAGCUAACGAGCGGUGAACGGUUUGGCGCGAUCGAAUCGUUAGUGUACAUUAUCGGCACGAUGUGCCAGCGGGGGUGCGAUAUAGUGCCACAGUUUAACGGAACGCGGUUGUUAAUGUUUUCGCUACAACUGACCAGCUUCUUCAUACUAACGUCCUACUCGGCCAGCAUUGUGGCGCUGCUACAGAGCCCCAGCCGGGCAAUCGCGAGCGUGGGGGACUUGGUCCGGUCUCCACUGAAGGCGGGCGUUAUGGACACGAGCUACGGUCGGGUGUACUACCAGGAGACGCAAGACCCGGACGUGCAGGAGCUGUAUCGGAAGAAGAUCAAACCGCACGGUGAGAAGGCGUUCCUGGAACCGAACGAGGGCAUCGGACGCGUGAAACAGGAGAUGUAUGCCUACGAGGGAGAAUUGAACGCUGCCUACAAGGUGAUAAAGGAAACGUUCGCACCGGAGGAGGUGUGCAAAUUGCAGGAACUGGAAGCCAUCAAGCUCCCACCGUUCGGCAUACCGAUUGUGAAGGGCAGCAAGUACCGGGAGCUGAUCCGGCAACGCUUGAUGUGGCAGCGGGAGGUCGGCAUAAUCAAGCGGUUCAACCUGAUUUGGAUUCACCAGAAGCCGCAGUGUGAAAACCUGAACGCCGGCUUCAGCUCGGUCGGUGUGGUGGAAAUGCGCUACCUGUACCUCUUCCUUGCCGUAGGGUUUCUGGUCGCGCUCGCGACCCUGCUGGCGGAACGGUCCUGGUGGAGCGGGAUGGCAAAGAAAUUGAAAUCUCGUACCGCAAUAAUCAGACGCAAAAAUGAAGCUUAAAAAUUAAUCUUCUCCAAGCGAACGGUGGCGCCCGUUCGGGGUAAGGGUUAGGUGAAGGUAGUCGUUGGGAUCGAUAUUGAUAAGCGUGCAAUCGCUUCCGCAUUCAUUACGCCCGAGCUCUGUAGUACAUUGGACGUGGAGAUGGCAAUCAAGCUCGAUAUGUUGCGGGAGAUAUUCAUUUGAUGUUUAUGUUUUCGCUUCCGAGUUGUACGAUGCUUCAUUCUAGGAUGAAGGUGUCAUAAAUUGAUUUUUAUUUCUCUGUAUGUAUGCGAACUAUUUUUACCGAUAAAUGCUCCCGAAUGGCUUUUGGCUUUCGAAUCUUUAUAGAUUUCAAAACAUAUUUUACCGAGCAAAACAUAAAACACAAACCAUCAACAUGUUCGAUGGUCGCUCUUCCUCGUUAUACGGCACAAUCAAUUCACGGUAAAAGCAAACAGAACGGCCAGCAACCGACGAUGGCCUGGCAACCAACAUCUAGCCCAGGUCAUGACUCAGGAAAAACUAACAUCGAGCAUCUCUGCCUGCCAUCGGUUAUCGAUUAUCUGGCCCGGCUUGGCUCGUCCUUCAAAAGUUUACUCGUUUACGGACCAAAAGCGAGAAAAAGCCACACACGAAAUGCGGUGAGCGGAGGGCUUGAGGGGACGUACGGACGGUGGGAAUGUCCCGAAGCGGUGUAGUUUUGCCAGUGCUUGCCGCACACGGCUGGUCCAUCUUUGAUGGACGUAAAAGUGGGUACGUUUGGUAGCUGAUGGUAGAACCUGACAACUUUGCUACCAUAACAACACAACCCAACGGACAGCGUGCCUCAACUACGACCUCAAUUUCUUGGGCCUGGGCAGGAAAGCCAACCAAUGUGUAAGUUGACACAGUCUGAAGCUCGCAGCAGGGAUGAACAGGGAGUGUAUGAACAGUGGAAGGAAAGUAUAUUUUUCACACUCUUGCCAAAAGUAGAGCACGGUUCGAAAGAUUAGGGCAACGGUAAGCGCGUGAAAAACAUGUUUGUCACCUUGCCCAAUAGAUAGAGUCUUACCGCGUUGAAAGGGCUACAGGAAGUGGUGCAAAAAAGAAAGGAGGACAUACACCAGCGAAACAAAGCAUCACGGAUUCGCACGAGUUCCUCUUGCUGGAUGAUUUUAUUUACGGAGUGGCGGCGGUGCGGCAUGCCACCAGCCUGUCCAGGGUCAAGUAGUGGCUUUCAAAUAGCUAAUGCAUUCUUGAAUAAGUACAUCUUCGCUUCCAUGAAUGACAAGAAGCGGCAUUUACAUCGUAAACCACGCCGUCGUCACGCCGGUAUGUCCCGCCUCGUCCAUCGCCGUACCCAGCCCGUGGACAGGCACACGCUACUCAGUUUUCACUAAAGGGGACCACUUGACGCUGGGACACUCGUCGUCAACGAACGUAAUGACACAGCUUAUUUUCAAAUCCGACUUUUUGUGCUCCACAUCCCAUUCAGCUGUCGAGAGGCUUUAAAAAGUUUACCCGUUUUUAAGUCUCCUUUCCAAGGAUCAUGUAGCCUUCAGUUUUACCUAUUUUUUGACAAUACGACAGUUACUCAUUCGUUGAAAACCACACGAGAGUUAUAGCUUCCUCAAAAGUUUUGUAAUGUUUGAGGGGGGGG